AUGAAUCUUCCGGUUACCUUUGGAACAAAGGACAACUACCGAACUAAGAACAUCUGCUUUGAAGUCGCUGACUUCGAGACGACGUACCAUGCCAUCAUUGGCAGGCCCACGCUGGCAAAGUUCAUGGUGGUUCCGCACUACACCUACCUCAUGGUUAAGAUGCCUGAACCACAUGGCGUAAUCACCCUGCGUAGCGACAUCAAGCAGACCUUCAGCUGCGAGGCUAAAAGCUGCGAAAUUGCUCAACAGGCUGAAGAGCAGGCCGGCCGGGAACAGAUAUGCGAAGCCUCGACUCGCAAGACGGAGGACGACGAUCUACCAUCUAAAAAGGCGGCAAAUAUCACCUCCAACGAGAAGAAGCAGAUUGCCCUCGACCCCACCGACUUGUCUAAAUUUACAUUCAUAGGAACUCAAUUAGAUUCUAAAUAG